GCUAGGGAUACAGUAUGAAGAUAUGUGGAAUGUGGACGAGACUGGAGUUGCACUAGGGAGGAUCGCGAGUAGGUAUCACUUUUGGAAACAAUCUCAGCCACCGGCAUCAAGCUUCAAUGCCUGGUCAUCUUCAAAGGCAAGCAUCUACAAUCUACUUGGUUCCCAACCCAAGGCACACCAGAUUGGCUCUAUACCACGUCAGCGAAUGGCUGGACGUCCAACUCAAUCGGCUGUCAAUGGUUACAGCGUAUUUUUAUACCAAAUACUUCACCAUCCUCUGGUGGCUAUCGACUGCUCCCUCUUGAUGGCCAUGGCUGUCGUACACCUAUCGAAUUUAUGUGGCUCUGCAAGCUUGACAAGAUACACCUCCUGUAUCUCCCAGCUCCUGCAUCACACCUGCUGCAGCCUCUAGAUCUUGCUCCUUUCUCUGUUCUUAAAACACGCUAUCGCAAUGAGAUCCGAGCUCUCUCUGUCCUUGAUGACGCAGCACCUAUCAAGAGGGAGCGCUUUGUUGUAUCAUGUAACAAGGCAAGAGAAGAAGCUCUAUCAGAGCGAGUUAUAAGAGCAGGCUGGCGCGCUGCUGGCCUUUGCCCAUUCAACCCAAAUCUAGUACUGCUCUCAUCCCAAGUAACUGGCCGGCCAGUCACUCCACUAGCAGCUAGUCAGGCCUUGACUACAUCUGAACAAGUCUUCAACACCCCUCAGAGCUCACAAGCUCUAUACAAGGCCCAGCAGCAGCUGCUGUUAUCAGGGUCUCUCUCACGAAGCACCCGGAUAGUGCUUGGCAAGGCAGGCAAGGCUAUUGCGGAGGCAAAUACCAGAGCUGCCCAGCUCAAGGCUGAGAAUCAACAACUCAAAUAUCAACUAAAUCACUUUAAGAUUACUCGUACGAGAAAGCGCGUCCAACUUGAUCCAAAUGAGCGAUUCAGCAACGUUGAGAGUACACAGGCUGCUAUCGACCGAGCAGCAGCUCUACAGGCUCAACAGGCAAGCACUUCAGCAGGAAAAGAAGCAGAAAAGGCUGCAGCUGCUGCAGUAGCUCGUACUCUCAAUUCCAGGUGUACACAGUGGCAAAUAUAAUCGUUGUUGUUAAGAAAAUCACGACUCUAUACUGUGUGGCUGCUUUGGGCGGGGUGGCCGGAAAGUACGGGUGGCCGGAAAGCACCUUACCCAGCUUAUACUUUCCGGCCACCCAACCAAAUGUAACUACCUCACUUUGAAUCGCGAUAACUUAACCACAACGCUUAUAAUUGGUAUACUGUACACAUGGAAUCAAGAGUGCAGGCUGCUGCUUCCUUAGCUGCUUUCUCAGCUUCUUUUUCUGGGUUUUUGGCAGCGUUUUCUGCCUCUUGAGCAGCAGCCAGAGCCAUCGCAGCCUUGAUUGCUUAGUACUAUCUAGUUGAUAUUUAAGUCGUUGAUUCUCAGCCUCUAG